GGGCAGCGCCCGCAACCCAACACCCGGAAAUAGAUGCUUCGCAGCAAAAUAAGCCCUAAACUUACCGUCAAACCAUAAACUAACACUAAAACGAGUCAAGUCAUAGUGAGGGAGGUGAACAGUCUGCUGUGAAUGAGCACCGUUUGUAUUUGAACUCUGACUUCGGGACUUCUCUUCAUUCUUUCGUUUUAGCUGCAAACCAACAACUUAUUUAGCAGAAAAACAGAAGACAAAGUAACGUGAUGGCAGGCUAAGCUGCGUAGGAUCCAACGGUUUUCUGUUCGCUGAGGAGCUGCAGUCUGCAGGAAAGGGAUUCGGUGGAUUUGGACAAUCCAGGAGAGGAAGCCAAAGCCAAGCGUCUGCUUGACAGCCUGGUGGCUGAGCUGCAGAGGAAAGCUCAACUUCAGGGAGGAGAGGAUGGUUUUCUGCUCAAGAUCAAGCUAGGUCACCAUGCCACCCAGUUCAAGAGCACGUAUGACCGCUGUCCUUUUGAACUUGUGCGCUGCAUUAAACACAUCCUGCAGUCGGAGCAGAGGCUCGUUCAGGAAGCUACAAAUACAAGCAGUGGGAGUGAGGGCCAGGCCAUGGACACCUUGUCCCAUCACCAUCAGCAGAUCAACCAAGCCUUUGAGGAGCUCCGUCUGGCGACACAGGAAACUGAGAAUGAACUGAGGAAGUUACAGCACAGUCAAGAAUAUUUCAUCAUCCAGUACCAAGAAAACCUGCGCAUCCAGGCCCAGCUCAGCAACUUGUCUUCGCUGCCUCCAGCUGAGCGUACCCAGCGUGAGACCACCCUGCAGAGCAAACGAGCCACAGUGGAGGCCUGGCUCACCAGAGAGGCCAGCACACUACAGAAAUUCAGGCUUGACCUGUCAGAACAGCACCAAAAGACUUUGGGUCUGCUGAGGAAACAGCAGACUCUCAUACUGGAUGAGGAGCUCAUUCAGUGGAAAAGGAGACAACAGCUGGCUGGCAUUGGAGGUCCACAUGAGGGGGGGCUGGAUGUCCUCCAGUCCUGGUGUGAGAAACUGGCUGACCUGAUUUGGCAGAACCGGCAGCAAAUACGGCGCUGUGAGCACCUGACCCAGCAGCUUCCCCUGCCGGGCCCGAUGGAAGAACUGCUGAACAAACUCAAUGCUGAUAUUACUGACAUCAUCUCCGCUCUGGUCACCAGCACCUUCAUAAUUGAAAAGCAGCCCCCCCAGGUGUUGAAGACCCAGACCAAGUUUGCGGCCACAGUCCGUCUUCUGGUGGGCGGGAAACUCAACGUCCACAUGAACCCACCGCAGGUCAAGGCAGUCAUUGUUAGCGAGCAGCAGGCCAAAGCUUUGCUGAAGAAUGAAAGUACACACAGUGAAAGCAGUGGGGAAAUCCUAAACAACAACUGUGUUAUGGAGUAUCAUCAAGCCACUGGUACCCUCAGUGCACAUUUUAGAAACAUGUCACUGAAGCGAAUCAAGCGCUCCGAUCGUCGAGGUGCGGAGUCGGUGACGGAGGAAAAGUUCACAAUUCUGUUUGAGUCACAGUUCAGUGUUGGUGGAAACGAGCUGGUCUUCCAUGUCAAGACACUAUCUUUACCUGUAGUCGUGAUUGUUCAUGGCAGUCAGGACAACAACGCCACAGCAACAGUGUUGUGGGACAAUGCCUUUGCUGAGCCGGGUAGAGUGCCAUUUGUGGUACCAGACAAGGUGCUGUGGUCUCAGGUAUGCGAUGCUCUGGAUACAAAGUACAAGGCAGAGAUGCACAGCGGACGUGGGCUGACGGAGGAUAACCUGGUGUUUUUGGCACAGAAAGCUUUUUCAAGCAGUAGCAACAACCCUGAGGAUUACAAAAACAUGACGAUAACCUGGGCCCAGUUUAAUCGGGAAAACUUGCCUGGACGCAGCUUCACGUUUUGGCAGUGGUUUGAUGGAGUGGUGGAACUCAUGAAGAAACAUCUCAAACCUCACUGGAAUGAUGGGGCCAUUCUUGGAUUUGUAAACAAGCAACAGGCACAGGACAUGCUCCUGUCUAAACCAAAUGGCACCUUCCUGCUGAGAUUCAGUGACUCUGAGAUCGGAGGCAUCACUAUUGCAUGGGUGGCUGAAAAUCCCAGCAAACAAG